UUUAUUGGUGGUUAUUGGGGGGGGGACACUAUGCUGUAUUUCUUCGAGUGAAAUAAAUAUUCAAAUGAAAUGAGACACAUUUGCUGACAGACGCGUGGUGAGUAUCUUGCAGCAGCAGGACGCAGGCACCAAAGUCCACUCAGAAAAUCAGGACUUUUGGCGGAGAGCUCGCAGUUGUCUUUCCUCGGUGGGUCCGAGGGGGGCGGAUGGCUCAGAAUAGACGGCGUGCUCGUCCUUGAGACAUGACUGCCCGACAGUUUCCCAUUCAUAUUCCCGGGACUGUCAUAAACUUUAGCGCAUCUGUCGGACAACAUGUUGGCUGUUUUUGUCAGAUCCACGCUGCGACCCGGCAUGGUGAACCCAUGUCGCCUGGUCAGACCAGUCACACAGAUCCAAGAGAGGUCCCUGGUGCACCAGGAGGGUUUACCUAAACUGCCGGUGCCACCCUUGAAGCAGACAUGCGAGCGAUACCUGGCUGCCCUGGAGCCCAUCGUGAGCGAGGAGGAGCUGGAACACACCCGUAAACUGGUGGAGGAGUUCCUCAAGGGUGGUGUGGGGGAAAGGUUGCAGAAAAGCCUGGAGCGACAGGCACGCAAAACAGACAACUGGCUGUCAGAAUGGUGGAUGCAGUCUGCCUAUCUAGACUGCCGUAUGCCGGUGGCAGUCUACACCAGUCCCGGGGUUGUCCUGCCUCGCAUGCACUUCACCGACCGACAGGGACAGAUGAGGUUUGCUGCCAAACUGAUUGCAGGUGUUUUGGACUUUAAAAAAAUGAUUGACACUGAGACCCUGCCGGUUGAGUAUCUGAGUGGAAAGCCGCUGUGUAUGGACCAAUAUUACCAGAUCCUGUCCUCCUGUCGCCUCCCUGGUCCAAAGAGAGACACGGUUGUAAAUCACGCCAUCGGGAAAACACCUCCCACUCACAUCACUGUCGUCCAUAACUUCCAGUUCUUUGUCUUGGAUGUGUACAACAGCGAUGGCAGCCGGCUGACAGUAGACCAGUUGUACAUGCAGCUGGAGAAGAUCUGGAACUCAUCUCUGCAGACUAACAAGGAGCCUGUUGGCAUCCUUACAUCACAGCAUCGCAACACCUGGGGAAAAGCCUAUAACAACCUGAUUAAGGAUAAGACGAACAAGGAGUCAGUCCGUGCCAUCCAGAAAAGUAUCUUCACAGUUUGUUUGGAUGCCCCGAUGCCCCGCGUGUCAGAUGAGAUGUAUCCGAGCCGUGUGGCUGCCCAGAUGCUGCACGGAGGAGGUGCUCGCUGGAACAGCGGCAACCGCUGGUUUGACAAGACAUUACAGUUCAUUGUUGGUGAAGACGGUACGUGUGGGCUGGUGUAUGAGCAUGCACCCGCUGAGGGUCCACCCAUCGUGUUCCUCAUCGAUUACGUUGUUAAAUACAUGCAGAGAACUGAAAUGGUUCGCUCCCCCAUGGUUCCCUUGUCCAUGCCUCAGAAACUGCGUUUUAACAUUACACCUGAGGUCAAGAGAGACAUAGAGAGAGCCAAACAAAAUAUGAACAUAAUGGUGCACGACUUAGAUGUGAAGGUGCUUAUGUUCUCUCACUUUGGAAAAAAUGUACCAAAACAGCAUAAGCUGAGUCCAGAUGCCUUUAUGCAAAUGGUUCUUCAACUGGCCUACUUUAGGAUGUAUAAUAUUUCCUGCUCGAUUUAUGAGAGUGCAUCGUUACGGAUGUUCAAGUAUGGGCGAACAGAUGCAAUCCGGUCAACCACUGUAGACUCAUUUAACUUUGUCCAGGCAAUGCAAGACCCAGCUAAACAGAACUCUGAAAGGCUGGCGCUGCUGCAGAAAGCCGUUCAGACACAUAAGACGAACACAUACGAUGCAAUUCAUGGACAAGCCAUAGACAGACACCUCCUCGGGCUGAAGAUGGUGAGUAUUGAGGACCUGACCUCCAUGCCUGAGAUAUUCAUGGAUACUUCAUUUGCUGUGGCUCACCAUUACCAUCUCUCCACCAGCCAGGUUGGCUCCAAGACAGACUGUGUGAUGUGCUUUGGUCCGAUGGUGCCAGAUGGCUAUGGAGUGUGUUACAAUCCCAUGGAUGAGCACAUCAACAUCGCCAUCACGGCCUUCAACAGCUGUGAGGAGACGAACGCUGCCAAGUUUGCCCAGGCUGUAGAGGAUGCUCUGUUGGACAUGAGAGCUCUCCUGGAAGACACAGCAACAGCCGAGCAGUGAUCCCACGCAGGAGCCUGGCACGGCGUCUGUGUCCCACCGGGGCUGGAUGGGACAACUGGAACUGAACCGAUGCCGGAGUCGCUGGCAGAAGGCCACUCCGACAUAGACGCACAAUAGACUGAACGUGCUGGAACUGAGGGGAAACGUGUUAUUGAGGGGUUUUGGGUACAGAAUGUGUGACUGUCAAUACACUGCCUUUGUGAUGAGAUUUAAUUAUCUGUGGAGGAAAUUCUAUAUUUUAAGAAAUUGUGUACAUAUAAACUUCAAAUGAACAAGA